ACGGGAAUUUAAAGGCGCCACAUGCGCACCACGCCCGCCCUCGUCGGAUGCCCCGGUUCGCUGUGCACACGACGGACCGACUCAGCCAUUGAAGCAAUCACCAGCCGGUGACCAGAUGCAGUCAGAUGCCCAAGUCGUCGACGACCAGUAUGCCGACCCGGUUCCCGCCACCGACACGUGGGCCGCCUUCAUCGCCGCCCGCUUUUCGCGCCGCCAGGAGCUCUAUGCCGGCUUCGCACCUCCCGAGAAGGAGCUGGUCCGGAAAGAGCUGCGCCGAAUCCGCUAUCUGAGGGAGUACUUCGCCACCCACCGCCUGUCGCCGUCGGACCGCUCGCCCCUGGUCUCGUCGCUCGAGAGAUCGCACGCGCGCUGGCGAGACCGCGCCUCGCGUCGGGCCAAGGACGAACUUGCCCGCAUCGAGGCCGAGCUGGCCCGCGCCGACAAGUACCGCAAGCCGCAGCUCCUCAGGGACCACGCCGUCCUCACGCAGGUCCAGCAGUGGCAGACGCAGCAGCACGUCGACCUCGAGCAGUCCAUCUCUCCCGAAUCCUACAUCGACGGCCUCGAGGCUCCCGACGACAGCGUCGACGACAACCCGCGCGAGUCCAACUACGGCUACAAUGGCUGGGUCAUUGUCUUUGAGAAGGGACAGGGCGGCGUCACUCUGGACCACCCCCUCUGCCACGGCCAGUUCCCCCACCAGAAGAUCGCCGUCCAGAAGCUGCUGUACGACAAGGAGCAGACGCCACUGAAGCGCACAAGGGACAGCAAGCAGCUGCGCUACUUCCACCUCCAGGCCAACAACAUGAAAUGGGUCGAGGACGCCAUAUCGCGGUACUACGACGAGGAAGGGUCCGAGUUCGACGGCCACCGCCGGUCCUACCAGCGCAAGCUGUACCAACACAGCACGUCCAAGGGAGAAUCAAAAACGGAGCGGCUGCUGAAGCGAGAGCUCUGGCACGGGCAGGAGCGCGGGGGCGGCGACAGCCACCUGCCGCCCCAUUCUCGACAGAUCCGGCCUCGCUGCGCCCUAGUCCCGUCGCCGGCGUGGGAUAAUAAGGCCAGUGCCGCUGGCGGCGGUAAAGGCACGAGACCAGACGCGGCCCAGCCCGGGACCAGCUCUUCUCAGACCUAUUUCCGAUCCUCGUCCGGGUCGCAGGACAUUGUUCUCUUUAUGCCAUACCUGCAUUGGGAGAUCGAAAAACGGCUGUUGCGGAUGACUAACGUGGUGCGCAAGACGAGGCAGAUAAAGGAACAGGAGUUCGACUUUGAGCGGCGCAGCAAGCGGCGAGGGACCUGGGGGAGCGUGGUCGAGCGGGCGACGGCUAGGGCACAGCGGAUCAACAGCACCAACUCGGAGGUCAUCGGCGGCGAGUGGGAUGAGGAUUCGCCGUCGUGGCGGCCGAAGUCGGCGCUGGGUAGCUACCUGUGGCAGGCGUCCAAGCUGUUCCAGCUUAUCGACGAAGCGGCCGACUGGCGCCUCAUCAGUGACCACCUCUACACGCAGUCGCCGCUCCACGUCCGCCGCACUCUCGAGCAGUACUACUACUGGACCGCCGGCGACACCAUCAACAGGGACCGGCAGCAGGUUGUCUACCGCGAGACGCGCAUGAAGAACGACAUCGAGGCUAUACCCAGGGUUGUCAUGGUUGAUCAGCUGUGGCUGUGGAUACUGGACGAGAACACCAUCAUCUCCGCCUUUCCACGGCGAUGGGGCCGCAACAAACCAGAUCCGUCGGCCGUACACCGGGCCAUCCGCGACAAUCUCGCCACCGUCGAUAACACGCAGGUCACGUCUAUUUACGAUCUGGCCCUCAUCAUCAUCGACGAGUGCUCGAAGGUCUUCUUCGACCGGACCAAGCCCGACCUGCGGCCUGAGGUGGUGGACAUCUUUGGCUCGGCCAUAUCCAGCACCGCCGAGAAGAAGACCGAGGCGUACGAGCGGUUCGGGCGUGACGUCAAGCGGAUGAACGCGCAAGACCCGCUGCAGACGGCCGAGGAGCUGCUGCGCAAAUCUCUCAACAUCAAGUUCGAGUGGUCGGUUCUGAUGGAGGCGCAAAACGUCAUCGACCAGUUGCAGAUCAUGCAGGAGAUCUUUACGGCACAGAUUACCGUCAUGGGCGAUUUUGAGAAGGCGCUGCGUGCGAUGAUGGUAGGGGGGUCGUCCGGAGCCCCGUCGUCUUCGUCGUCUUCGGAGCAGCAUCAGCCUAGCAACCACGACGCACUGCGCUCUGCCCAGGAGCGUGCUACCGCUCUCGUCGCCGAGAUGAAGCUCCGCCGUGACGAGCUAGCUAAUCUUGAAAAGCGGCAGACUAAUACUCGAACGCAGCUCCGCGAGCUCCUCGACAUGAAGCAACAGCAGUCGGGCAUCAUUGAAGCCAAGGCCGCGAUCCGCCGCGCUGAUGAGAGCGUUGUUCAGGGGCGGUCUAUAGUGGUGUUUACCGUCGUGACUAUUUUCUUUCUUCCCCUAUCCUUCUUCGCCACGCUCUUCGGCAUGAACGCCACCGAGUUCAACGACGGCUACAUCAGCCUUAAGCUGCAGCUGAUUUACAUGUUCGUCCUUUCAAGCGUGGUAAUCGGCUUCUCGCUAUCUCUGGCCUUCAGCACCUGGGCACGCACCGUCAUGAUUGGCGCGUUCAGGUUCUCGUUCGCGUACCUCACACACCUGCUACAGCUCCGCGGGGGACAGGGGGGCAACAACAAAAAGCACAACCGGCACCGGACGAGCCAGCAGCUAAGCGGGGCGUCGGCGCAGGCGCUGCGCGAAUUCAUGAUUUCCAAGCAGCGCGAGUGGGAGAGCCGCGCCGCUGCUACUUCGAGCGGAGCAGCGCUGCCCCUGCACCGCCUCCCGCCAUCAUCUGGAGACCAGGGUAAAGAGGAGGAGGGUAGGUCGGGAGAGGGAGGAGCGGCAGGAGGAGGCGGAAGCCUGGGGAUAGCGCGGUUUUGGAGGCGGAGGCGUGCCGAGUAGACGUGAAUGUGAUGAAGUGUGGGAUCAAAAUCAAAAUAGGCGCGUGUGUGGCGGAUGAGUCGGGUGCUUGAGCAACGUGUGAUUUGGGCCGGGGCUGUGCGGUCAGUGGUCACCUAGGUCGUGGGCAGUUGCACGGGACCGAUGUGUCACGUAGCCGCAGAGACUUGUGUCUAGAGGCCCGGUGCUGACCGAUUAAUUAAAUCUAAUAAUGAAGGAAUGAAUACGCAAGCGUGGGACAGUGCGACUCCGUGAGCGAC